AUGCCAACUCUACGGUCGGAGGCGGCUCAUGGUGCCAGUCUAUCGGACUGCAUUGAAACGUUAUCUUCACUUUUAGAACAUGCACUCAGGGAAGGCAAGGCAGAUGGAGACUCUCUUCCCGGUCCUCAUUACUCUUGCUUGCUCCCUGAGCCCCCUCUCUUUGCCUUCUCAGCUCCUUUGCUCAAAGUGCUGCUAGAUGACGACUCUUUCAUUUCUCCAAGUACUGGCCAUCUAUUUUCUUUCAUCAAUCAGCACAAAGAUAGGAUAGACCUCGCCUUGGAGUCGAUUUCACUGAAAUGUCUUUCCAUAUAUCUACUUAGGUCGUCUGCAGAUGAUGGCUAUGAACUUGGGCUACGCCUAUUGAUGGACGAACCGGUGUAUAUUACUGACUCCGACUCAUUGCGAUUCCCUUUAAAAUCCCACGAGUUGGGCGAUCUUUUGCAACUAGCAGAGUUGAGCUUAGUCCAGAAAACCUACAAAAUAUUCACAAAUGAGACGGCAGAUAUACGGAUCCGGAGGAUGGCCGGAAAGGUUCUGGCGGAGAUAGUGUACGAUUGUCCGGACCGAUACCGCCUGUGGCUUGAAAAUCUGAACAGGAAUGACCUCAGACCAGUUGUCCUUGCACUGGACGACUCUGACUACAUACUGGCGUUCUUCGCAAACAUUAUAAUUGGAGUCUUAUAUGACUUCGGAGCCAACGACAGAUUGGACUGGGAACCAAAUGGCCCUCUCUCGAAAAUGAUAAAUCACAUACAGGCCGAGAAGAACGCACUCAAACAGUUCCAUUCCUAUGUUUGUGAAGAGAGAGAGAAUCGAGUUAACGUAUGGGGCAGAACUAGACUGGAUAGUACUUUGCCUAUAUGCUAUUUCAUAGGGCAAGAUGAGGAACGCACGAAGGGGCCCUCGCAGCAUCCUGCGCUACUACUCUUUGAUGCCGAUGGGAUAAACUUGAUACAACUCAGAAAGGAUGUCUCUGGCUUGAAAAUCGACUACGUGAUGAUCCGCCUAUCUCGCCCUACCCGAACUAGAUGCAUUUUCCCUAACGAGCAUGGUGGUCAGAAGUGGCAUUUAUCUCUGCAUAUCCAUGCAGCAGAUAAUAUUGCGGUUAACGACCGAAAGAAGGACCAGCAGAUCAUAAACCUUAGUAUCACGUCCAGGGACGAUCUAGCCAAAAUACGGAAAAGAUUCGAGGCCAUUGAUAUUAGAUGUCAAACGAACAUCAGAACAAGCCAGAGCAAUCGAAGAUCAUCCUCGAUCGUAAUACCCCUGGACACAGACGAUGAGGUUGGUUCCAAGUCUUCCCAACCUUUUGAGGCUCCAUCUCGGAUUGUGAUGGAUUCGACUCCGCACCAUGUCCGCUGGAGGGACGAACCGGCGAAUCUGAUAGACCGACCUGAUUACGUCUGUGAUAAUGCCCCGGUGGACGUUUCCCAGAGCAGUUUAACGGAGCUCACUCACACUCCAACUUUUCGCGGGACCUCUUCGCCAAGGGUGCGAGAAAGUUCUCAUUCUCAACAGAAUAGUCCUAAAUUCCUCGCAAAGGGCCGGCGUAUGGAAGAAGGACAGCACAUUCCCGAUGUCGCCACUAAUUUCAUGAGUAGCGAAGAACUAGCAGGCUUCUGCGCGGAAAACAGACAGACCAGGGAGAAAUCGACACCCCAAAAUGGGGGAAAUUUCAGCGAAAGCGGACCUGCCAGAAACACUCGGUCAAGGUCCUCCCAAAGUGAGAAGUCACUGCGCACAAAUACUGUAUUAAAACCAAUCCCACCAAGUACUCAAGAAUCUCUUAUUUUCCCUAGGCGUCGCUCUAGGGGAAAGCUAUAUACGAUGCUAACCAAGGCGAUGGUGGAUUGGGACGAAGACCUCCGAGAAAGUGACCGUUCUGUUGAACCAGAACCCCUAAAAGACUCCGAGUUGACAUCAGUCUCUUCAGCCCUGUCAAGCGGCACUGGAUGCACUUUCAAUAAGAGCUUAAAACCACGCAGUGCACCCUCUGUCCGAAGAAAACCCGCAAAUAAAACCAAGAGGCGGGCCAAAACGGGAAGCAAAAGAAAGAAGAGAGUGGUAAACAGACAGAUCAAGCUCUCAUCGUCAUCCCCUAAAAACGCUCAGGAUGAUACCCGCCAAAGUGACUCACGUGCAGUUGUUUUGAAUGUGAACAACUUGGGGAACAGCAACGGACCUUGUAAGGAACGAGGCGCUGCCAAUGACUUCUCUCCAGCUCCCAGAAGCGCUGAUGUAACAAGCUAUAAUUCACCGUCUCAGGAGUCUGACACUCAUUGCGGCCAAUCUACAAUGGAGACUAGCUUCGAGGAUUACCAACAGUCUGGUUGGGAUAACCAGGGUAGAGGCCAGACAGUUGCGGAAAAGCUAAUUGCAGCCUUGAGAGGGGGUAGUACGCCAGAGAAGCAAUUUGGUGACACAGAGAAUAGACCUGAGGCUAUUCAUGAACCUGGCAAGUCACAAAACGAGAUUGUGCACGGCACCCUGGAUACAAAGCACAAGGAACACAGGGAGGAUAUGCAGGACUUGUCAGGUUCUCAGGCAUCAAACAUGCGCAGAAACGGGGCUGCCGGUGACGAGAUAAACUCCAUUGAGAUAUGCUCCGUUGACUCACCAGAUGGAAACCGAAAUAGCCCAUUGCAAGACGAUGAAGGAGGCAAGGGCUGGGUUCUUCGAGAAAGAAAAUCCAUCUUUGAGACUGAAAGUGAACAGUAUAUUGAAAGAGCUCGAUGGAUAUCUUCUCUUGCCGCAAGCUCAUCAGAAGAGCCACGGUCGAGGGAAUCGUCAUUCGAGUUUUACUUUACAGGGCCACCGCCGAAGGCCUAUUGUGCCCUUCCUGACCACUUAGAGAAGGCUGCAUCGCCCAACCUAUUCAAGCAAAUCUCUUGUGUCACCGAAGAAACAUCGAGGACAGUAGCCACUAAAGCCAGUAAUGGAGCUGCCUUCUCGGACACUGACGCUCUAAAAGAUCUUACCCAAAAUGGCCCUGAUCAUGUUGCGAAGCGUCUAGACUCGAGCUCCAAACCCAUUGUAGCCAAGAAUGGAAGCCCUAGGCUUAUGCAACGAGGGAAGAACGAACACGCUACACCAAAGCAACGGAACCCUCCACUUGUUCAACAACAACCAAGUGCGAAGCGAACGAAAAUAACGCACCAGGGGGAUGACAGGAACGUCACUUUUUAUGAAAUGGGGCAGAACCAGUCAAAGAAUUAUGAUUCUCUGACCAGGGACAACUCACCGAUUUCGGCUUAUACGGAUACUGACAAUGGCUCCAAGAAAGAUACUCCAGGAACCUUUGAGCAAACUAUUGAAGGAUCAAGCAAGAGCCACAACACGGUGUCUACAACUACAACUGGAAUGGAAGUGCAGCCUUUCCUGGGUCAGCCCCGGGCGACUACUGGGGGAAGGACUUCCUCCUUGAAAGAUCUCAAAUCCGCUUCACUUGGCUUGUCCAAAAAUGGCGGACAGCAUGGAAGUUCUGAGAACAGAGAAUCUUCUCUGAAACCACUAAGUACUGCAGCUGGCAAAUUAUCAUCAGAGAGAAACAUUUCGGAGCGAAAGGUGGCGCGCCAGCAGUCAGAAGACACUGCCGGUGAAAUUGACUGGCAAACAUCACUGCAUGAACUCCACAGGGAAACGGAGCUGACGCUAAUCAAUAACAACGCAGUAAGGAGUGGAAAGGGCGAGUUGUUCCCAGGACUUGCUAACAUCGUGUUUAGCACCUAUCCCGUCAGAUUGAAAGUGAGAGGACCGCCAUUAAUAAAGUGUUGA